GGUACGAAUAUGAUUUUUAUGAAAAAUAAACAGAAAAGUUAAACUCUAAAGGUAAACAAACCAUAGUCGAUAGUUAGUAGACGAUAGUUAGUAGUCGAAUAAAAAUAAGUCGAUAACAGAUCGCUGUUACAGCCCUUUAAAGCUGUUAAGGCAAACAAUCUGGCAACCCCAUCCAUCUGGCAAUUUUGACAACUGAAUUUCCGCUUGCUUGGCUGGUUCUUUUGCAAUCAAAACGCCAAAGUUAGAAGUUGUCUACAGCCAAAAGAAAUAGUGAAUAUCGCCAACGUGGAAACUGGGAUAGUACCGAACACGGUACACCAGGAGACUGAGAUCAGAAGCCGAACGUUGGCUGUGGAUGAGCCCAGCCGUUCGCCGCUGCACGUGUGUUGUGGUUGUGGCGAAAAAGACUCCAGGAAGUGUUAGGAAACCCACCCGAUCGUUUACGUAGCGCUCGCCAAAAGCCUACGUCAAGCCACCGAUCGAGUUUCGACCCAGAGGUCUACGGCGGAGACACCGCGUGGAUCAUCGGCCAGGGAUCCAGGAAAAGCUUUCCUCGAUCAGCCCCUAAACGUGCGCGAACCCGGUCCAGACUCGAACCGCGAUCGGCGAGGUCUGUGACCGGCGACGUGUGCGUGAUUGGGGCCGCAGAAGAUCAGGAGCGGGCUGGAACCUGGCCAACCCAGGAGCGUGGAGGACAUAACCUCACUCUCCGGAGCAGAACCGCAUGUUCGUUUGAGCCGACCGCAUUUAACCUGAUGGGCUAGCCGACGAUCGCUGAGGCAGACAUCUCGUCCAUAGUGACGAUUCAACGAGAACAACAACAACCAGGAGAGAGGCGCGACAAGCUGUGCCAGGAUUAGUGUAUUAUUGAGUAGAAUUUAAUUUUCAUUAUUUUUGUUUUGUAAGUCAUUUUGGAUCGUACAUAGACUCAUCUUUUGUUUUCUGUAGAGCAUUGAUAAGAGGCACAUGUACAUCAAAACUCCAUAAUAUAAUUCGCAUUUAACCUGAUCACCCCAAAACAUCCAGCGUUCUCGUCUACAGGCCUGCGGACUUCGAGGGAUGGUUUCGUGAGUAAACAUUGUCAUGUAACAAACUUGAUCAUGUAACAGUGCCUCUAGAGGAAAACAUAUGAAUAGUCAGUCCGUAUCAAAAUGAUUGGGUAGACGUUAUAACUUAACUCCUACUUCACAUUCAUACAUAUAAUUCUUUAUCCACACAUUUUUACAUUAUAUUCCAAUUUGUUAAUUAAGCUAGAGUAAACUCAUUUUGUAGGAUUAGGACCAAUUAGGAGUAAGGGUUUAGGUUAAGCAUGAGUCUGAAGAAGAAGCUAUUAUGAUUUUGUAUUGAAGUUUGAUUUUGAAAUGAAGUAAAUUUAGAAUUUAUAUGGGCACCUGAGCUGAUCGAUUUCAAUAUGGGUAAGGGCAGCAGCAAUUCGGUGUUGUUUCUUUACAGGUAGGGCGGGCAAAGCAGAAGAACCUCACCACCUUAGUUCUUCAAACAGCAUGGUUUCCUGUCUCGACUUCAUAUCCUUCCAGAUGACUGUAUCCCCUUUCCUAACUCUGUCUACAAAUUUUUAUUGUGUGGCGGUGAUGCUGAUUAGGAAGUAACCGACCCCCUUGCCUCUUCCCUGAGCUAGGCCGUUCCCGUAGGCAGAGUAUGCUACCAGUCGGUAUCCACUACACCGUGUUCGUCACAGAAUAAAAUGGCGCCCAACGUGGGGCUAGCAAAACGGCUAGCAAAACAUCUAGCUAAGCAACAAACAAAACACCAAAUCGCAGCCCCUGCUCUCACGAGCUAACCUCCAACCUAUCCUAACAGUCAGCCUUCCAAACAAGUUUCUUUAGUUUCAGAAAACCCUUCUUUUGAUUCCACUAGGAUUGCUGUGUUUUGGGAAAUCCUCAGAACCAGACCAGGGAACAAAUUAAGGAUUAGGAAAGAUGUUUCUCUUGAAAUAUCCCUUUGUUUACACAUGUAUUUAAGGAACAAGAAGUCGAGACUGUAUUGGCUGGAAUGUUUCAGCAAUAACUCCUUCUUAGCCCUUGAUCAACUCACCAAACCACAAAAUAAUCAUAAGUUCGAGAUUUGUAGUUGUUGGAACAUUCAGCAAUACCUCAUUUUUGAAUAUUUUGGCUUCAAUUUUGGCCUCUAUUAUUGUCAAAAGUUGCCUAAAAGAAAUUGAGAUUUAUAUUGGUUGGAGUAUUUCAGCAGUAUACUCUUUCAUUUAGCGCAAUGAACACAUCAGUUUGUUUUAGAUUCAAUACAGAUAUGAAAAUACAGACAGAAACCCUUGUAAUGUACUAAAUGAAAUCGAUACAGCAAAGGAUAAGACCCAAGAUAUCCCAUAAAAAUUCAGGUUUCCGAAAUUAAAUUGUGGAAAUAAUAGACUUAAUAUCUAUCAAAUUUCGUUAUAUUUUGUUGUUGUUGUUGUAUAUCGAAAACGAAACAAUGUCAGUUCGGCGUAGUCCCGAAAAUAGUUCAAGAUUGGCCAUUGAGUCGGUGCAAUGCUCCGUAUGCAAUGAUACCAACGCCGAGAUAGAAUUUGUCGAAACUCCGUGUCAACACCGCUUUCAUCGAACGUGCGUAACUUCCUGGUUACUGCAAAAUGAAACGUGUCCAAAUUGUCGACAACCAUGCUUAUCGUCGCAGCUCAAUGAUAGCACGCGAAGAGCGCAAGACACUACCCUAGAAGUUCCGAGAGUUCAAAACGGAUCCAAUCCAAACUCACGAACAGGUGCCGUUCCUAGAAGUCGUCCGAAUACCAGACCGACAACAAGGUCAACCGCAACCAUAUCCAAUAACCGUCCGAGCACCAGCUCGCAACCUCAGCGUUCACCACGUGCUGGAGGUUCGCAAAGAACGACUAGCAUUUCAGAAGGGAGAAUUCAGGAACUCAUAACGAAUGCAUUAGAAGCAUACCAAACCCAACUCUCUUCAACAUUGUCAGAACAAAUCAGUCUGGCAAUGCAAAACCUUCACAUACCUACCUCUCAAAGACAAUCACUUGAGUGGGAUGUGGAAUUACCGCCAGCCGACCCAUUACAAAGCCAGCCUUUUGAUAGUCAUUUGUCAGGUAACCAUAACAUCUCUGCUAAUCGUUCACUAGAGAAUCGAAGAGAGAAUCACACUAUCCGACCUGACCAAAUUUCAAGCUUAAUUGUUCACUGGAAGCUACAGUUUUCCGGCUCACCAAAAGAUAUUUUCGUAGACGAUUUUAUAUACAGAGUGAAUACUUUAACACGUCGCUCGUUAAACGGAAACUUUGAUCUUUUGUAUGAGUACGCGAAUUUGUUGUUUGUAGGCCCAGCUCUAACCUUCUUUUGGCGAUGCCAUAGGAGUUCAGAGGAGAUGAAUUGGCGAUUACUCUGUUCUCGGUUAAGGGAACGAUAUAAAGACCAACGAUCAGAUCAGGACAUUCGAGCCGCGAUGCGUAGAAGAAGGCAGGGAAAUAGUGAAUGUUUCGACGAUUUUCUUGACUCCAUCCUAGCCAUCGCCGAUGCGCUAUCUGAACCUAUUUCAGACUCAGAGUUGGCUCAGACAAUAAGAAACAACCUAAGAUCUGACCAAGGACACGACCUUUUACAUAUAGAAACCCCAACUAUUGCUGCUUUACGCAAGCACUGCCACCGUCAUGAAGAGUUCUUCAACAAUCUCAGAGCUAAAAGUAGUUCACGUCCAAGGUAGUGAGGGAUUAUUUAGAAGAUGAGAUUUUUGUAUGUUUUGGAACUCCUGAGGUUUUGGUUAGCGAUAAUGGCACUCAGUUUAAAAGCCAGGACUUCGCAGCCUUUACAUCCAAGCAUGGAAUCCAACAUAAUUUCACUGGUGCUUACUCUCCGCAAUCCAACGCGGCGGAGCGCGUCAACCGUAAAAAGAGAAAUUUCGUUCUAAGCAACCAGGCUAAGCAUAUCAACGCAAAAUUGUCACCGGUGGGAAUCAAGGCCAGAGUAAAGGAGAAGAGAGGGCAGUCGUUAUAUCUGCUCGAAGACAUCAAUGGAAAGGAGUUAGGAGUUUUCAUGCAAAAGACCUUUGGUGAAGUACCCUUUUUCAGCUUUCAUCUCCUUUUAUUAUCAGGUCGAUAAAACCUGUGGUGUGAGGGUACGAAUAUGAUUUUUAUGAAAAAUAAACAGAAAAGUUAAACUCUAAAGGUAAACAAACCAUAGUCGAUAGUUAGUAGACGAUAGUUAGUAGUCGAAUAAAAAUAAGUCGAUAACAGAUCGCUGUUACAGCCCUUUAAAGCUGUUAAGGCAAACAAUCUGGCAACCCCAUCCAUCUGGCAAUUUUGACAACUGAAUUUCCGCUUGCUUGGCUGGUUCUUUUGCAAUCAAAACGCCAAAGUUAGAAGUUGUCUACAGCCAAAAGAAAUAGUGAAUAUCGCCAACGUGGAAACUGGGAUAGUACCGAACACGGUACACCAGGAGACUGAGAUCAGAAGCCGAACGUUGGCUGUGGAUGAGCCCAGCCGUUCGCCGCUGCACGUGUGUUGUGGUUGUGGCGAAAAAGACUCCAGGAAGUGUUAGGAAACCCACCCGAUCGUUUACGUAGCGCUCGCCAAAAGCCUACGUCAAGCCACCGAUCGAGUUUCGACCCAGAGGUCUACGGCGGAGACACCGCGUGGAUCAUCGGCCAGGGAUCCAGGAAAAGCUUUCCUCGAUCAGCCCCUAAACGUGCGCGAACCCGGUCCAGACUCGAACCGCGAUCGGCGAGGUCUGUGACCGGCGACGUGUGCGUGAUUGGGGCCGCAGAAGAUCAGGAGCGGGCUGGAACCUGGCCAACCCAGGAGCGUGGAGGACAUAACCUCACUCUCCGGAGCAGAACCGCAUGUUCGUUUGAGCCGACCGCAUUUAACCUGAUGGGCUAGCCGACGAUCGCUGAGGCAGACAUCUCGUCCAUAGUGACGAUUCAACGAGAACAACAACAACCAGGAGAGAGGCGCGACAAGCUGUGCCAGGAUUAGUGUAUUAUUGAGUAGAAUUUAAUUUUCAUUAUUUUUGUUUUGUAAGUCAUUUUGGAUCGUACAUAGACUCAUCUUUUGUUUUCUGUAGAGCAUUGAUAAGAGGCACAUGUACAUCAAAACUCCAUAAUAUAAUUCGCAUUUAACCUGAUCACCCCAAAACAUCCAGCGUUCUCGUCUACAGGCCUGCGGACUUCGAGGGAUGGUUUCGUGAGUAAACAUUGUCAUGUAACAAACUUGAUCAUGUAACAGUGCCUCUAGAGGAAAACAUAUGAAUAGUCAGUCCGUAUCAAAAUGAUUGGGUAGACGUUAUAACUUAACUCCUACUUCACAUUCAUACAUAUAAUUCUUUAUCCACACAUUUUUACAUUAUAUUCCAAUUUGUUAAUUAAGCUAGAGUAAACUCAUUUUGUAGGAUUAGGACCAAUUAGGAGUAAGGGUUUAGGUUAAGCAUGAGUCUGAAGAAGAAGCUAUUAUGAUUUUGUAUUGAAGUUUGAUUUUGAAAUGAAGUAAAUUUAGAAUUUAUAUGGGCACCUGA